ACAGGGUGACAAGUGUCACCAUAGUUUUACAAAUGGCGGCGCCCUAUUAGUGUUUUUAUGUAUACGGUACUCAACAAAAUACAUUCAAGAUUUAGUGUGAAGAAAUCAGGAUCAUCAUAAUUAUAUUAACAAUGAGUAAGCGACAUGGAUUAUCGAAAGAGGAAAUUGCGAAGCAAUUUAUGUUGCCGGAGAGAAAAAGCAAGAUAGCCACGUUAUUGAAACAGGAUGGACAGGCCUAUUGCAUUUGCAGGAGCUCAGACAGCUCUCGUUUUAUGAUUGGAUGUGAUGCAUGUGAAGAAUGGUACCAUGGCGACUGCAUCAACAUCACGGAACGUGAUGCCAAGUACAUAAAACAAUUUUUCUGCGUGAGAUGCCGAGAAGAAGAUCCCUCCCUGGUAACUCGUUACAAGCCCCGAAGGACCGAGCAGGACGAUCGAAAGGUAAAGAAGUACAAAGAGAAGGAGAGAGCUCACAGACACGAUCACGACGACGCCUGGGACACAACAAUAAUAAAAAAAUCCUCGAAACGAUGUGGCGAAUGCACCGGCUGUCUGCGCACCGAGGAUUGUGGCAAAUGUGAUGCCUGCAGGCACCUGAAAAAAUUUGGCCCAUCAGUGAGACUGAAACUGCGUUGCAUUCAGAAGACAUGUCGAACCGUGGGAAUUCCCUUGAAGCCUUCGAAGAGUGUCAAUCGCAGCGACAAGCCCAGUAAAAAGCGAAAAAGGGACUCUAGCAAUGAGAGAAUAGAAUUUCUGGAACCCCCGCAGCAGUGCUAUGGGCCAGCUUGCACGAAACAAUCUCGUUUGGGCUCGAAAUAUUGCUCGGACGAGUGUGGAAUGAAACUUGCCACCAAUAGAAUCUAUCAGGUUUUGCCCCAAAGAAUUCAUGAAUGGUCAUUGACGUCUUGUGUUGCUGAGAUGAACAACAGACGUGCUCUGGAGUCUGUCAGAAAACAGCAGCACGAAGUCCGGAGAAUUCUCCAGGAGUUGGAUAAGCGACACAUGGAGCUCGAUCGAAUCGUCGAACGUGCGAAGAAUGCGUCAAUUGAUUAUAGUUACGAGGUGGACGAUAACGAGGACACUGAGAUGAGUAUGUACUGCAUCACCUGCGGUCAUGAAAUUAAUUCACGCACGGCUAUCAAGCACAUGGAAAAGUGCUUCAAUAAAUAUGAGUCGCAGGCGUCCUUUGGCUCGAUCUUUAAGACACGAAUUGAGGGUCAGGUCAUGUUCUGCGAUUUUUACAAUCCAGUUAAUCGUACUUAUUGCAAACGUCUGCGUGUUCUGUGUCCUGAGCACUGCAAAGAUCCAAAAGUCAGUGAUACAGAAGUCUGUGGUUGUCCUCUUGUUACCAACGUCUUCGAUACGACUGGGGAUUUUUGUCGGGCUCCCAAAAAACACUGUUCUAAGCACUACGUGUGGGAGAAAUUGAGAAGGGCUGAGAUUGACAUGGAGAGGGUGAGACAGUGGCUAAAGAUCGACGAACUUGUGGAACAGGAGCGACAGAUUAGGGCCAGCAUGGCUAAUAGGGCGGGAGUUCUUGCGCUGAUGUUGCACUCGACUUACAACCAUGAGCUGAUGGAGCAAAUGGCCCAGGAACAGAGUAGAGAGCAUGGCAAGACAAAUGAAGAAGACGUGCAGAGAUAAUGGAGACAACUUCAACGAGAAAUCGACGGAGAUGUCCAGUGAUUCUUUUUUCUAUGUAGAAUAUGAUUUAAUAAACUUAGUUCAUGGCA